AACCAUGUGCGCCGUCUGACGGAUGACGGGGGAAUGUGAUCUGGUACGGAUCCGUUGUUCCGGCAUUCUCGUUUCGAAUGCCGCCGGUGUCGGAGUCUGGUCUGCCGACACUCGGGGAAAAUGUUCUAAAGUGUCAACCAAGUGCUUCGUUCGGUGUAAAUCGAUGAUGAAAGUUAUGUGAAACAAUCAGUGAAUUGUAAAAGAAAAAGUGAUCGAAAUCAAAUAGAAACAACAGGCAGUGAAACUUGUAUUAAGUGAACAAGCAAACGAAGAGUGAACUAGAAAACAGUAGCUCAAGUGACUUAAAUGGCUAAUCCAAGCAAGAUGAGUAAUCCACACGAUCGGCACGAUGAGUACGCAUCGGAGAGCUAUUUGCGCCGGAUAAAGGCUGAAAUCCGAAAGACAAAUAAGCCAAUCAUGGAAAAGAAACGUCGCGCUCGUAUCAACAACUAUCUAAACGAUCUCAAGUCACUGCUAUUGGACGCGAUGAAAAAGGACCCAGUACGCCAUUCAAAGCUCGAGAAGGCGGACAUUCUCGACCUGACCGUGAAGCAUCUGCAGGACAUCGAGCGCCGCCGACUGAACGUGGCAAUGGCCGUCGAUCCGACGGUACCGGAAAAGUUCGCCAACGGUUACCGAGAGUGUAUCGACGAAAUUGGCAAAUACUUUGACACGCUCGGAUCGGUGGACGAAGGACUAAAGGCGCGUGUUCGAAAGCACCUCGAAAGCUGUCUCACCUUUCAACCGGGCAAACCGUUCCCGGUUGGAGCACCGUUCGGGUUUGCCGGCGUCCCACUACAAUCGCCGGAUGACAUCAACAACAACAGCAACGGGUUGCUGAACCGUACCUUUGCCAACAACCUGUCGCUAAUGUUCCCAGCGGGCAUUCCUUUUCCCACCGGCGAAACAUCGACGAUUCCCUUCCAUCCGUUUCCCUUCUUUGGACCGCUGCGUGGUGCGACCCUGCCGAAUCCUUCCUUCGCCGGCUACGGCAAAGAACCUCCAGUGCCCCAUAUUGGACCACCGGGGAAAGACUCACGCGAGGAUAGACCUCCCAGCACUGCUCUUACCGUGCCAAGUCCACCGGCGAGCCCUACGAAUGGUGAUGGAACGGCGGACGGUACGACGCUUAAAACUCCGAUGGGAAAAACGGGCACACUGAGCGAACACAAUAUGGACCGUCUUUUGUCCAUCUUUCCAACACCGCCCUCACCGGAAGAGCAGCCGAGUCGAAGUCGGUUGGGGAAGUUGGGACAUCAUUUCAGCAGCUCACCCUUCGUGCCUACCAAACGUUCCAGGACGAGUGCCGCCGAAGAAGACAUCAGCAUGGAGAGGGAAGACCACGAAGAACAGGGCGAAAGCAGUCAAGGCCAAGAACGAAAGGAAAAUGUCGAUGAUGGGAAGGAUAAUCCGAACGGUGAAAUGUGGCGACCUUGGUAAAAGGUGGCGCCGACGGCAAAACUAAUCUUCGGCACGGUUAUUCGCCGUUCGAUUUCAACUCAAAGCUUUAAGACAACAAACCUGGACGGAAUGCUUUAACUAUACGAGUAAGAUGAGCUUUAACUAUGGCGUUACGGCUAGAGCUGUAAGACGAAGGGAUUUGCAAGAGUUAACACAAAGAUGGGUCAGGGAUAUAGGAUAAGGAGUGAGAGAAAGCGUACCAUUUGUUGCGCUGUGUUUGAUCUAAAUAUAAUAUUGUGAUAUGAAGUAAAGGAAUCUAAGACUUGGA